UUGCAUUACAGAAAGCAGGACAUAAUUUUGGCAUAUUUUCUCAUCGCCGCGGCAGAAUGUCUACAAGAAACCUCGGAUGAUAAAAACGUCACGUCGUUAUUUCCAGUAAACACAACUAAGAUUGAAAAAUCCGAAGAAGAAGUUAUCAAUAUAACUGAUGUGCCCUCAUCUCUUAAUGAAAACAAGACUAAUGAAAAUGAAAGUAAAGGCAAAACUGACAGUAAUGGAGAAGGUAAAAAUACCAAAUUUGAUACAGCAAUUUGGCACAUAGAUGCUAAACUAGUUGAACCAAAUAUUAAAGAUAAUAGUACAAAGCUUAAUAAGACAGAAAAUAAAGUAUUUAAGCCAAGCCAACAAUUAGGUACUUUUUACGGUGAAAAUGCAUUUAUUGUACCAAAACUCAAAGAUUCUGAUUCAUUCACACCGGUGAUCAAUAACCCAUCUGUGAACCAUAACAGUUCACCAAAUGACGUUAUCAAAACGAAAUUGAGGAUACCAUACUACCCGACACCUUAUAAAUAUGAAGAUGUUAAGUUGAGAGACAACAGCCACACACUGCUCGACUCAAAGCCAACAGCAGAGGUUCCCGUGAAGAUACCGGCCGGUGGGCUGUACAAAUAUCCUGAUCCAUUUAAAGAGAAACCUAGUUCUGACGGAGGACAUGAUGAUUUUGGAUUGGAAUUUGACAAUGAUUCAAUGAAAAAUUCUAUGAAAAAGCGUCAAAAUCCGUGGCACACGCUCCUCAACUUGGUGACAGCGCUGCUGCCGGUCGGCAUCAUCAUAUCGGCGCUGACUCCUGGACUCGUCACCCUUCAUACCACAGGCAACAAACAGCAGUAUGGCGACUACCACAGAUCUGUUUCGGAUGUGUCCGAUCUGCCCCCGGUGAGCGAACGAUGCAGGCGGAGAUUGCUGUGCGAGAUCCACUCCGAGAAGAACUAUGUGCGAGGUGCGAGGGCCACGCUGGCUAGAGCGUGCUACAAGAUCCGCUGCGAGGACCCAGACGCCAUGCAUCAGCUGCUGUCGUGGCUGCUCAAUCAUCAAGCUGGACAAUCAAAUAUGUAUAGCCCGUAUAGCACGUGACAGAAGAGACCAGUACCAUAACGAACUCUGUUAUAGACCCUUCACCAGAUUUGUUAGGCAGACUAAUUCCCACACAGAGAAUUCGUUAAGAGUUACUUGACAAUUGUUUGGUUUCACAAUUGAACUACCUCCAAAACGGAUGGACCAAUUUUGAUGAUUUUUUUGUGUGUUUCAGUAAUUAGUUUAAUAAAUUUGAAUUAAAAAUUCUACUUUUAGUGGGAUUUUCUA